AUGUACACGUCCAAUGAUAAUGUGGAGGCAGGAAGUGUGGUUGGGAAUGAGGGAGGCGGUGCCAAUCCGUUUCUUGUGGAUACCGCUCAGGUUUUACCACCGGAUCCGCCGCAAACCGACGAGCACAAUGCGAAGUUUCACGAAAUUGCCUCCACUGCAGAGGAGUACUGGGAAGAGUGCGCAAAACUAGAUGAGCUGCGCUGCCAUAUCGGGGAGAUUCUCUCUCCAGCGGCUCGCGAAAUAUAUGGACCGACAUGGCCAUGCUCGCGACGUUGCAGUAUUCUCUUUCGCUGGCCAAACAAGCGCAAAGGUAAGGCAGUGCAAGAAUCGGAAGAAAACUAUGUGAUGGUUGGCCCAAUGUGGUUCAUAAUGAUUAUAGAUUUUGUUAUGCUCGCUUUAAUUCCCAUUCUUCACACUGUUGCGUACAAGGAUUUUCUGCAUUGGGGAUUUCACCUUGUGACGUGGAUUCUCUUCAUCAUCAUGCUUGGACUACUGCUGAAGUGCGGGACGAUGAACCCUGGCUUUGUCCCGCGGCGCCAGAAGAAGGGGUUCAUGGAUAGGCAGGCCGUGCAAGCACUGCUGCCUGUGCCGAACUACAAAAAGGUGCGGGAACGCUUGCAACACACCAAAUAUGAGAUGUCAAGUGCUAUGGUUGCCAGCUCGCUUCUGCAUGGCUACUUUGACAACGAGAGCAUGAGACUCAUGGACAAAAAAGAAGAAGCGUUGGCCGAAGAUGCGACCGGCAGUGAGGCUGAGCGGAUGGUGGAUAUAGAUCUGUUUUUCUGUCCCACGUGUCAUAUAUUCAGGGCCCCACGUACACACCACUGCAGAAUCUGCAACUGUUGUGUAGAUGUUUUGGAUCAUCAUUGUUGGUGGCUUGGUAGCUGUAUCGGCAAGAACAACUACCACUAUUUCCUCUUUUUCCUCUUCUCCAUCCAUAUUUUGAUGGGCUACAUAUUGUCUUUGAAUAUGGCUAUGAAUAUAACCUUUGCGCUCAAAUACCCGAAUAUGUCAUUGGGAGAAGCGCUGAGACUUGUUUACUACCUUCCUAUCGUUAUUUACGGUCUCGUGUUUGGCAUCGGUGUGUUCAUGUCCUCACUGUUUCUGGUUCACCUUUACCUGCUGUUUAAAGGCAUCACCACCGCGGAGAUGCUGAAGGGGAAGUACGCCAAGCCGCCGUAUAUGGGUGUAAACCCGUGGGAUAACGGCAGUAGGUGGCAGAACGUGAAGUAUUGUCUGCUGGGACGUAUCUCGCCCUUGCUGCACUCGGAGGCGUACUGUUGUGUGACACUGGCGUCACUCAUAGAUGCCCGCCAAACAGAUCUCCUUUUGGCGCUCCCAAAGGAGGAACAAAGGCGUGUGCGGGAGAAGAAUAAGUGA